UGUCUCCUGCGUUUGACCGCGGGCCAUUUGUGUCAUCGUGUCACAAGGAAGCUAUAUCAUGUCUCGCCUAUUUGACAAACACUACCCGCUCACACUAGCGAGGCCGCCGCGGACAGGAUUCUCGGAAUCCCUUGCCUCUUCCUGUCGCGGAAAAUUGCGUUUUCAUUCCGAUGGGAUUUUUAUUCUCGGGCUGGGGAGGGCGCCUCAGUGGGCAACGUCUGUGUCUUCAAUGUAGACGACCGUCAUCGAACGUUGUAGAAAAAGCACCGGUUUCUUGCUGGGAGAGCAGGAACCUCGGGACUCAUCGUCUUUAUCCAAACAUUCCCAUUGGUGCCCACUUUGAUUCCGGAAAAGGCUGGGAGAGCAAAACAAAAAACCAAUUUGAUGUCAAAACAAAUACAUUCUACAGUAUAUACCUUUUCCUUGGGGACACACCUGCGGACACCUAAUUUGUGAGUUGCCAUGCGUGUCAGUUGCAUUUUACAUGAACUCAUUUUGAUAUCUUCCAUCACAAGCCCCCUCCUCAAUCAUUUGACAAAUAAAAAACAAACAGCCGCAUUAUCAAAUGGAAAGUAUCCAAACAAUGGAUGGGAAGUCUGUGCAACUUUUUUGCGAGCCACUAUUUACCUUUUGGGACUCCUUCUUUAUAAACAGCUUCGUUUGGAUAACAAAGAGAUAAAACCGUUUUGGGGCCGUCGCCACGCGGACAAUACGUUUGUAUUCCCUUAGGCACGCAUGAAUUAUUAGAAAUAAAAAGGAUCGGGUUAUAGGAAGACCUACCGGAUAAGUGGCGCGGAUCCCCCUGGUUUCCAAUGAACGGACCGAGGCGCGCGGGCGGAUGGUGACAGCAAUGCGGACACUGCCAUGGACUUGCCCGGACUACUUGCCUUGCUGUUGAUGGUGUUGGAGUGGACCUGCCCAAGCCUUCCAUCCCCGCUGAGGCCCAUCUGCGACCUGAGGGUCCUGAACCAUUUCAUCAAGGAAGCGCAAGACGCCAAAGUCGCCAUGAAGUCAUGCCGGGAUGGAUGCACCCUGUCCCAGUCUGUCAGCGUCCCUCAAACCAGCGUAGACCCUGUGUGGGAGAGCAAAAAUGCCUUGGAGAAAGCCCAGGAAGUGCAAUGUGGCUUGAGGCUUCUGCAGCAAGCCCUCAGCUUGCUGCGUAGCUCGGUCACCAAUGUGGCGCUGCACAGUCACGUUGACAACUUGGUGAGGAGCGUGCCCAGCAUCGACGCCGUGCUACACAGGCUCAACAUUCCGGAAUAUACGCCUCCAGAGGGCUCGGCGGGCCAGGACAGCACAUGGCGGGCGUCCACGGCGGGCGACUUGCUCCAAGUGCACAUCAACUUUUUGCGAGGCAAAGUGCGCCUCCUUCUCACGGACGCGCAGGCCUGUCAGCAAGACGUCAGCUGAUCGGCUGGGCUCCCCACUCCAGGCUUUAGCCUCCCCUCCGAUGACCUACUUGCUAGCUGCUGGAAGUGGUGUGGAAUCAUGAAAAAAAGCACAAAGCCACAACCAUUCUUUUUUUUUUUUUUUUUUUUUUUAAACUAUGUUAGGUGAAGGCAAAGAGCAGUCACUGCUGGAGAGAAUCGCCCCUUGAAAUGUUCUCACGGAUGAAUACUGACCAAAAUGAGGCUUUGAGAAGCAUAGCCCUUGCACUGGUUUGAGUACGUUUAAGGAUUGUCUCCUCCCUGACAGUUUUCAAAAACGGAACUGAGAGAUUUUACAUAAAAUGAUUGAGGCCUUCACAGAUUUGUCCGCUAUGUAUAGUUUGACAUUUUUACUCAGUGACUAGGUUGCAUAUUUUUUUAUAAACAUUGUGUAAUAGCUAUUUAUACAGAUUUUCUACUUUUUAGCUUUGUACUUUGUGAAUGUUCAUCGUUCCGGUGGCCGCGCGACCGAAUAGUGAAAGCCACAUUUGACUCAGCGUGGUCGCCCGCUCCCAAACGAAGAGGACCAAGUCAACGGGGCAGCCAGAGGUCAAACAGGAGGACAUGAGAACUGUGAAACUGCUCCGUCAUGAUCCGUCCGACAAACAAUCGAGCCGGGCCUGCACGGUGAUAGCCCGCUUAAAGAAACAAAAACAUCCUGGAAAACUGACUCGGGAGAGCGGGAAAGCAAUCCGUCCCCGGAAUCUGCGUCAUUCCAACCAAAAUGGACCUUCAACUAUUCCAAACCCGUCCACUUUUCUUCCGUGUUUUCCUCUUUUUUUUUUUACUUGUUGUGCAAGUGCAAGAGCUUUUGAGGAUGUUUGCACAUGUUCACCUUUCCUGUUUUCACAUUGAGAGUCCAAUCACUGUAUAAGUUACUAUUUAAAUACAAAAUAUUAUUCUUGGAUAAAGAAAUGAUAAAAACAAGCUGUGUCUUCAUCUUCCUGUCUGCAAUUAGCAAAUACGAACCCGAAAACAAAUGGAUACUUAUAUAUAUUUUUAAGG